AUGUCAGAAGCACUCAUGAACCAACUCAUGUCGGUCUCAGCAGGGGAAAGUCAAAUACUAGAUGGGGAAGCGAAGGACAUAGAGACCUAUGGGAAAGCCGGGCAAGCCGAGCCAUCCAAGAAAGAAAUAAAAACACCCAACCACUCGACCUACUUGACCUGGAAGACCUGUUCGAAGGCAAGGACGACUGGGAAACUCCUCCCCAACGAUGAUGACCAAGCUGAUCUCAAGAGAAGCAUGCUCAAGUACGAGCAGCACGGCAAUGCUGCCCCCUGCUUCUUGUAA